AUGGACGUUUUGAAAUAUGGCACUGUUGCGGACCUCGAUAAACUCGACAACACCCUCAAAUCUUACGAUCGUCGAGCAUUACCCUCCGGAUAUAACAAUCGCGGCCCGACGAACGUGUCAUGUGAAGUUUACAUCCGAAGCUUCGGAUCAAUCAACCCAGCCACAAUGGACUAUGAGGUGGAUCUCUACCUUCGACAAAGAUGGUUCGACGGCAGACUAGCAAAUGUCAACAUAUCAGCCCCGUUGGAUUUGAACGACCCAAAGCUUGUUCAGAAAAUUUGGAAACCCGAGGUCUUUUUUGCGAAUGCAAAACAUGCAGAGUUCCAGUUCGUGACAGUGCCGAACGUGCUCGUCCGGCUCUCGCCUCACGGAAUGAUACUGUACAUGCUGAGGUUGAAGCUGACGUUCUCUUGUAUGAUGGAUCUGUAUCGCUAUCCUCUUGAUGUUCAGACGUGCACUAUCGAGCUCGCUUCAUUCUCAAAAACAACUGACGAGCUCGUGCUCCAUUGGUCGGAACGUAACCCGGUGAUACUUUUCGAGAACCUGAAGUUGCCGCAAUUCGAAAUUGAGAACGUCAGCACCUCACUCUGCAACGAGACAUUCUACCUCGGGGAGUAUAGCUGCCUAAAAGCCGAGUUCCACCUACAACGUUCGAUGGGUUACCAUCUCGUUCAAUCGUAUCUUCCCACAGUGUUGAUAGUUGUAAUCUCGUGGGUAUCGUUUUGGCUGGACGUCGAAGCCAUUCCAGCCCGAAUUACUCUGGGCGUCACCACUCUGCUGACCAUAUCCUCGAAGGGUGUCGGUAUUCAAUCGAAUCUCCCACCAGUGUCUUACGUCAAAGCCAUCGAUGUGUGGAUGGGAGUGUGUACAAUGUUCGUGUUCACCGCUCUUCUUGAAUUCACAUUUGUCAACUAUCUGUGGAGAAGAAUACCCAACUCGGAGAUCGCGAGAAUCUCUCGAACUCAAGAGAUAAAAACCGGAGGCCGAGAGCUGGACAAUGUCAACCAACUACCGUUCAAUGGCAGCAGACGAAUUCCGAAAUCGUGGGAUCCGUAUCCGACGUUACCGCUCCAUCUGAACUGUAAUCAAAGUUGCGCGAAGAGAAUCGACCGGGUAUCGAGAGUCGGCUUCCCGUGUGCAUUCGCCAUAUUCUGUCUCAUCUACUGGCCGUACUAUCUGAAUAAAAAUCAUUAA